AUGUCCUACCACUGUGAGAAACCAGAGCAGUUUGUGACUAGCUGCCAAAAACGUUGUGUUAAGAAAAUACCUGGCGGUUUUUCGGACUACAGAGGGAAAUACGUGGUCCUCUUUUUCUACCCGCUGGACUUCACGUUCGUGUGCCCCACGGAGAUCAUCGCUUUUAGCAACCACGCUGAGGACUUCCAAAAGCUGGACUGCGAGGUGCUUGGAGUAUCUGUGGACUCUCAGUUCACCCACCUGGUGUGGAUCAACACUCCACGGAAGGAGGGAGGCUUGGGCCCCCUGAACAUCCCUCUGCUUGCUGAUGUGACUAGAAGCUUGUCUGAAAAUUAUGGAGUGUUGAAAACUGAUGAGGGCACUGCCUACAGGGGCCUCUUUAUCAUCGAUGCCAAGGGUAUCCUUCGUCAGAUCACAGUCAAUGACCUACAGGUGGGACGCUCUGUGGAUGAGGCUCUUCACCUAGUCCAGGCUUUUCAGUAUACAGAUGAACACGGGGAAGUCUGUCCUGCUGGCUGGAAGCCCGGCAGUGACACCAUCAAUGUGGAUGACAGCAAGAAAUACUUCUCCAAACACAACUAAGAUGGCUAAACAACA